CCGUUUACCUUACGUCACAUCCGUUUACUUUACGUCACAUCCGGGUUUGAUCAGCGUGGCGAACGGAGAAGAGCAAACAUUAGUAUCCUACGGAACCAUGGCGGCAGACGGUAAGACGGACGACUAUCCUUACGAGAUAGACGAGCAGCUUAAAGGUUUCGAAUCGUCGGCGGCCUCUGUCAAAAAAAUGUUGGGCACGCUCAUGUCGAAGCCCAGAAAUGAACUGGAUCAAAAGUUGGAUCCUUUAGACAUGGCCAAACUGGAUCUGAUGUCUGCGUACACACUCAAUUCUUUAUUCUGGAUGUAUUUGGUAACACAAGGUAUCAACCCAAGAGAACAUGGCAUCAAACAAGAACUGGAGCGAAUAAAGACUUAUAUGAACAGAGUGAAAGCCAUCACGGACAAGAAGAAGGCGGCUCGUCUGGAUAAAGGUGCCGCCGGACGCUUUAUGAGGAACGCCCUCUUUGAUCCGAAGGCAAAGGCAUCCAAAAAUCCGGAGGCAAAGCCAUCCAAAAAAAAAGCAGCGGACAGCAAAACACCUGACGCGAAGCCAGCAAAGCGGACAAAGAAAAACUGAGGAUGUUUUAGAAUGAUGCAGAGCUGAUCCAACAUAUUUUGUACUCAUGAUGUCUGACAAAAUGUCGGACUGUAUUAUAAGCUUAGUGGAAAUUUAUGAUAGUUCUGCAACUUUUAAGAUCAAAGUGAUUCUGUGAAUCCAGUUAGUAUUACAUUUUUUGUUGUCUUUUGCAUUACUGUGUGUUGCUUCAAGGAAUGAAACUUGAAAUAAACACCUGCAUUCAUGAUGGAAAUCUUUGUGGUGUAUUAAAAGUACACUAUUUUUUAUUUGUUUUAAUGAAAAUUCAGUCAUCCUGUAGAGGUCAUUUAUAAACAUUUAUUUUACAUUAAUUCAUCCUCAGAGGCGAUUCAGUGUUCACUCCAAUUCAGUAUAAUAGGCAAUACAAUAUUUAAAUGCAUAAUAUAAAUAUUCAUGAAUUCCCUUCUCUAUUUAACAAAGUACAAAUUUCUGUCAAACUCGUGAUGUAGUAAGCAAAAUAUUAGAAACAACUCAAUAUAAUGUGACCAGAAUAAUUUUGUCUUGUGUAUAAUUAAAACCAAGCAAGAAUGUUUUUUUUUGUGUAAUAGUUUUUGAUAGGCUGCUUGUAUUUUCUUUAGUGGUUUGCUGUUGUUUGUAAAUCAAGCAGAACAUUACUCCCUGAAAGAGGCUCUCAUGGUAACAAUUAGGAUAUGCCCUGGAGGGGCGUCAAAAAACUUGUGAUUAGAAAAUAGCCCAAUACAGUGUAGCCAUAAUGAGACUUCCCUAUAUAAUAACCUCUGUCACUUUUAAUAAACACAUGCCCUUUG